AUGGCGACAGCUGGCAGCUACGCCCCCACCCCCGACAGCUCAACUCGGAGUGGCGCCCAGUACAUCAAAGAAGGCGCGUCGCAGGCACCGUAUGGGAUCGACAUUCCCCCCACCCCGGUCGACGAGCCAUCCUACUCCCCUCAUAAGGCCGACCGUAUGUUUGAAGACGACAAGUCAGGGGCUCGCUCCAUGAGAUCUAUUUUGGUGACCUGGAACUUCACUCUUUUUCCCUUUUUUCCCGUUUGCCCCUUUGCGCCCCCCCACCUCCCCCCCCCCAAUCCUCCAUGCCUCGGGGGAAUCACAUUUGAGGGGCAGCUCACUGUUAAUGGAGCAUGGAAAUAG